AUGAUAGACGAAAUCGUCUCUGUCCCCGUAACUGGAUUCGCUGACAGAUUCGUUACUGAGUUGGGGAGUAUUGACUUCUGUUGCGAAUGUACCGGCCACGACGUAACUGUCGAAUGGAGUCAUCAGGAGCUUCAACCGGCUCCGUCUUUCCUGGCUCUGGACUCGAUUUCAAAACCCGAAGAUCCAAAGCUUCGUCUUCACUUGGUUCCAACUGUUGGGUUACACCAACGUGCUAACUUGCGUGCUCCCUUCUGGCGCAAGCAUGAUUUCAAGGAAACGGUAGCUUUUGCUCUGUCCUUUGGUUUGUGGAAGAGACCAGUGUGGAUUAUGAACUCAGUCCUGCCCCCUCGGCACACGAUCGGACCGACACAGCUGAGUCAAACGAUCAGGGGUGCGGGGUGCAUCUCACCCUCUUCGGAAUGUGGAACAGACAGACCGGACAUCAAAGCGUUUGCUGACUACAGGGCAGACCGAGACCAUCCUGGAGUGUACGCUGCGUUUAGAGACUUGUUUGUGACCCAAGGAAGGGAGAGUAAUCCUCUUCCAAAAUACCACACAAAAAGACACCGAAACAGUAAAUCCAAAGGAGAAGAACACAUUUCACAAAAACCUAGGAUAAGAGUUGAAGGAACGGAUAGUGUUCCUAAGCGGAAAUCACUGAAAGAAUUUGGCUUGCAUCUUCAAUUGUUCCAUACUAGACAGUUGACGGUCAUUAUCGUAGUCAAAUCUGCCAAACACAUUGUCAAUUUCCUCACUGUUAUUCUUAAUGAUAUUUUGAGUGAAAUCACGGAUGGAUUAGCAAAACAAUGCAAAACUGGUCUGUUCACAAUCAUUCUCCUUAUAAUUAAGCUGAAGAAACAGACCAAACCUCGUCGGAAGCUCCUGAACCAUUUUACUGGAGAAUACGAUGGGUGCUCCAACACAAAGGAGAGAGGAGAUCAAUCGCCUAUGAGGUCACAAAUUUUUGAGGAGGUGGAUGUUCGGACCUUUCUGGAGGACUUUGAGGAGGCUGCGCGGGCUGCUGGACUGGAUACCGCUCGGGGAAAGUUGGCGGCGCUGGAGACCUAUCCUCAGGAGCCGGAAAAAGACGGCCCUGGAUGCGGUCAGAAAGGACCGUCGGAAGAUGGACUAUGCCGCUGCGAAAGAAGCUUUUUCAGCAGAGUUUGA